AAGCGCGCGCCUCCCGCGCGUGCACGAGCAGAUAGCGCGCGGGACUGCGGGCAGCGCGAGCUCCUCUGCACGCUCUGAUCUGAACAGGUUUGUUGAAUUGUAAGGUCUCAGGAACUGGAGCCAUGGAGGCCAAUGAUCUGAGGAGCUACAUCAGCAGCCACAAGAACAUCUUUGUCUUGAGGAACAAACAGUUCCGAGACAGCAAGCUUGUAAUCGAUGGAUGCAACUUGUACCACACUCUGUAUUUUACAUCGGGCUUGGAUCAGGCACAGGGUGGGGAAUAUGGCGAUUUUGAAACAGUGGUUUGCAAUUUCUUCAAGAACCUCAAAGAAUGCAGCAUCAAACCGUACGUUGUGUUGGAUGGAGGGGACGACGGCGGCGACGGCGAGUUCCGCAACCUGAAGAAAAAAGGUGAAAUCACAAUCAGAAAGGCUCACGCCUUGUCUACAGGACGUCCACGAAACGUCCUGCCAAUUCUCGUCAAGACGGUGUUCGUGCAGAUCCUCAGGAAGCUGGAGGUGCCGUUCGUUCAGUGUGUCGCCAAGGCUGACUGGGAGACUGCUGCCUUGGCCAACGAGUGGAACUGUCCGGUUCUUUCUAACAAGGCCGACUUCUACAUUUUCGACAUGAAGGGAGGACUGCUGCCCCUUUGGAGUUUCCAGUGGAAGAAUUUAUCCUUGAUGAAUCAAUCGGACGAAAAGUUUGUUCGAGCCAAAGAAUAUUUUGUGGAACGGCUGAGCACUCAUAGAAGACUUUUCCUCCCUGUUUUCGCCACAAUUGCGAGCAAUGACGAUAUUCACCUGGACAAAGGAUCGCUUCCAAACUGGGCGAAACCCUCAAAAGGCUCUACUGUAACCAAGGAUAUCGAUGCCUUGUUCAAAUGGCUGUCAAAAUUUAAGAAACCAAAAGAGGCCAUAAAUGGCGUUCUGAGCCACAUUAGGGACCCGGCGUAUUCAGACAAAGUCCUCAAUGUCCUCACGCAAGGUCUGGAGGACUACCAGCUCUCCCUCAGCUCCAUAGCAGAGUUCUUCACGAGUGGAACGGCACUUCCUGAUUCUUUGCCAUGCCUUCCAGAGUGGACUCUUCAGCAGUUGGCCAAGGGCAAGCUUGACACCGUCGUAAUGGACGUCCUCGCCAAGCAGAGGACGGUUCUCAGCUUCCCAGUGGAGAAUUCCCUGUACUCCAGCAGCAAUCGGACGUCUCAACCCAUACGGCAGACCAUUUAUGCCUUACUGCUGGGCGUAACGGAUGGCGCCUACGUGGAGGAAUACGACAGGGAGGAGCUUGAGAUAACCAGCUCCAGGGUGGAAGCUGUUCUACCAAGCAAGGUCGUUCCAAACCUCCAGUUGGAGACACUGUGGGAGACAGCGUGGAACUGGCGGCAGCAGGUUCUCCUGGAAGCUUUGCUGGUCUCUCAGCCUCCUGACCGGCUUCCCGUCCCUCCCAGUCUGCAGCUAGCCGUGUACGUCACCUGCUACUGGCUGAAACAGGCAGAACCAGAACCCAAACCAGAGUUCCUCCGGGCGUUACUGGUGGGACUGGUGUACGGAGAGCUGUCCAGAGAUCCACUUACGCAAAGAGGGGCGGUUCCAAAGAGGCUGAAGAACCUGAAGACCCGUAAAGAGAAAAUCCCACUGGACCUGGAGGUGGCUCACGCUUACAGCCAAUGGCAGUGCAGUCUGAGGGACAGUCUCCGCCUCAACCAGCUGCUGGCCAAUCCGGUUCCAGAACCCGAGUAUGCCUGGUUGUACAGUGGUGAGCUGGUGCACAGUGUAAUCAGGGAUCUGAGGAGGGGCGUCGGUGCAGAAGUUCUCCUGGCUGGAUCUCCUCCGGCUCUGCAGCUCUUCCAGCGGCUGAUGGAGGCGGUGGAGCCGGAGCUGGACGACGAGAUGAGGGAGAGGUUUAGAGGAGUACAGCAGGAGGGCGGAGAUCCAGGCGGAGAUCCAGGCGAGAGGAGGAGUAAGAAGAGCACGAGCUCCAACCUGGAGGAGAAGAUCUACGAACAGUCCUGCAGCUUCAGGACCAGACAGCGCGAAAGAUCUCGCAAAUCAGAUCCCAGAUCCAAAAAAUCUGACCUCUCCCACUGGGAAUGAACUGUCCAAUCAGAAACAAGCAGGCGGUUCCUAGCUUUUAAUUGCUCCAUUUAAUUAAGUCUGACUGCUUUGAUUUUCAUAAUAGUAAUAAUAUUAAUAAUAAUAAUAAAAUCUGAUGGUAUCUUUAUCCCAUGACUUUUGGCACAUCUCACGGAAGCCUUGCGAACAAUGCACUUACCUUUCGGACGUGUGGGCGGAGUCUUCUGGACACUCCCACUUGGGAACGAUUUGUCCAAUCAGAAACAUGCGGGCGGUUCCGUUGCUUUGCAUUGGUCCACUUAAUUGAUUCUGACUGCUUUGAUUUCAAUAUUAAUAUUAAUAAAAAUCAUUAAAAAAAAUUUAAUGAUCAUAAUAGACUCACAAGUCCAUACGGUAUCCAGUAUCCUAUCCCAUGACUUUUGGCACACAGAAUGAACUGUACAAUCAGAAACAGGUUUCGUUGUUUUUUGGGUUUUUUUUUCAAACACUUAAUUGAUUGACUGCUUUGAUUUUCAUAAAUAAUAAUAAUAAUAAUAAAACAUGAAAUGAUCAUAAUACAAUGACUGACAAACCACAUGGUAUCUAGCAUCCUAUCCCAUGAUUUUUGGCACACGCCAAGAAAAGUAAAGAAUGCUAUUACCCCAGCAACUGCUUUGCACCCACCUAUAGAUGUAGCAAAACCAUAGCAACCCCCUAAGAUUACCACAGAAACAACUAGCAACCACAAAGGAUUACCACAACAACCACCUAGCAAACACUUCUCAGCCACUUAGAAUAACCACAGCAACUACCUAGCAACCAUUAAGGAUUACCACAGCAACCACCUAGCAACCACUUAGAUUCACGACAGCAACCACCCAGCAACCACUUAGAUUCACGACAACAACCACCUAGCAACAAUUUAGGAUUACCACAGCAAACACCUAACAGCCAAUUAAAAUUACGACAGCAACUACCUGGCAACCAUUUAGGAUUACCACAGCAACCACUUAGCAAACACCUAACAGCCAUUUAGGAUUACCACAGCAGCCACCUAGCAACCACUUAGGAUUACCACAGCAAGCAUUUAGGAUUACCACAGCAACCACCUAGCAAACACCUAACAGCCAUUUAGGAUUACCACAGCAGCCACCUAGAAACCACUUAGGAUUACCACAAAAACUACACAACAACCAUUUAGGAUUACCACAGAAAACACCUGGCAGCCACUUAGCUUUACCACAGCAACCAACUUGCAGCCACUUAGAUUCACCACAGCAACCACUUAGCAACAGUUUAGGAUUACCACAGCAUACACCUAGCAAACACCUAACAGCCAAUUAAAAUUACGACAGCAACCACCUAGCAACUAUUUAGGAUUACCACAGAAACCAAACAGCAUCCACUUAGGAUUACAACAGCAACCAUCGCUCAAUCGUUUGAGAUUACCACAGCAUCCACCAUCCACCAUCCAACCAUUUAGGAAUACCACAACAACCACCUUGAAGCCACUAAAGGUUACUGCAGAAACCACCUACCAACUACUUAGGAUUACCACAGCAUCCACCAAGCAACCAUUUAGGAUUACCAUAAAAACCACACAGCAACCACUUAGGAUUACCACAGCAACCACCUAGCAGCAAUUUAGGAUUACCACAAAAACCACACAGCAACCACUUAGGAUUACCACAGCAACCACUUAGCAGCAAUUUAGGAUUACCACAGCAACCACUUAGCAGCAAUUUAGGAUUACCACAGCAACCACUUAGCAGCAAUUUAGGAUUACCACAGCAACCAAGUAGCAAACACAUUUUCAUUAUUUAUUAUUUAAUUAUAAAUAGGGGCUUGAUUUGACUUUU